ACGUCACUCCGCAAAAUCGCCCCCCCUCACUUUCCGAGUCGCUCAACAUGGCGGAUUGCAGCCAGGCUGGGAGCGGUCGCCACAGCAUGGACAAAAGCAUUACCCUCCCACCCGACGAGAUCUUUCGCAACCUGGAAAAUGCCAAGAGGUUCGCAAUAGAUAUAGGUGGGUCUUUGACAAAGCUUGCCUAUUACUCCACAGUCCAGCACAAAGUCGCCAAAGUGCGAUCCUUCGACCACACUGCAAAAGAGGUGGACGGGGAUCCCCUAUAUGAGAUCUCUGUGCAGGAGGAAAUCACUGCCCGCCUUCACUUCAUCAAGUUUGAGAAUGCAUACAUCGAGACCUGCCUGGACUUCAUCAAAGACCACCUGGUCAACACUGAGACCAAGGUCAUCAAGGCCACGGGCGGGGGUGCUUACAAGUUUAAGGAGCUCAUCGAGAAGAAGCUGAGGCUGAAAGUGGACAAGGAAGAUGAGAUGUCCUGUCUUAUCAAGGGCUGUAACUUUGUUUUGAAGAACAUCCCCCACGAGGCCUUUGUGUACGCCAAGCAUGCGGACUCCGAGUUCCGCUUCCAGAACACGCAUCCGGACAUCUUCCCCUAUUUGCUUAUCAACAUUGGAUCUGGCGUUUCCAUAGUCAAGGUUGAGUCUGAGGACAAGUUUGAGCGGAUUGGUGGAAGUUCAAUUGGAGGUGGUACUUUCUGGGGUCUGGGUGCUCUGCUUACCAAGACAAAGCGUUUUGAUGAACUGCUUCAGCUGGCCUCCAGGGGGCAGCACACAAGUGUUGACAUGCUUGUGAAGGACAUAUACGGGGGGGCUUACGGUUCCCUGGGCUUGACGGGGGAUCUCAUCGCUAGCAGUUUUGGUAAAUCUGCUACAACUGACAAAGAGUUUUCCAAGGAGGACAUGGCGAAGAGUCUCCUGCACAUGAUCAGCAACGACAUCGGGCAGCUGGCCUGCCUGUACGCGCGGCUGCACAGCCUGACCCGGGUUUACUUUGGCGGCUUUUUCAUCCGCGGCCACCCCGUCACCAUGCACACCAUCACCUACAGCAUCAACUUCUUCACUAAGGGGGAGGUGCAGGCUCUCUUUCUGAGACACGAGGGCUACCUGGGAGCCAUUGGGGCCUUCCUCAAAGGGGCGGAGGAAGACAACCCGAACCAGUACAGCUGGGGGGAGAACUAUGCAGGGAGCUCCGGCCUGAUGAGUGUUUCCCCCGACUUGAACCCCAUGCAGCGGGUGCGUAGCGGAACGUUUGAUAUGCUGGAGAUGGACAGGCUGGAGAGACAGCUGGUGAACCUCCCUUUACUCCAAGACCCCUCCUCUUACAUCCCUGACACAGUGGACCUGACAGAGGACGCACUUGCCCGCCAGUAUUGGCUCUACUGCUUUGAGGAGGCACUGGAUGGGGUGGUGAAUCGGGCGGUGGCUAGCCAGCCUGACCUCCCCCAGGCUGUGGAGCGGGCGGAGAAAUUCCGCCAGAAGUAUCUCCAUAAGCUUCAGACCCUUCGGCACCAGCCGUUUGCUUAUGGCUCCCUCACUGUCAGAAGUCUCUUAGACACGCGAGAACACUGUCUCAACGAGUUCAACUUCCCUGAUCCGUACUCUAAGAUCAAACAGAAGGAGAAUGAUUUGGCCUUAAGGUACUUCCAGAAGGUGGUGAGGUCUCUGGAAAAGCUGACCUGGGAACAGCGGCAGUUUGCUCUGGUCAAGGGUCUUCUGGCAGGGAAUGUUUUUGAUUGGGGCGCCAAGGCCGUUUCCGAUGUCCUUGAAUCUAAUCCUGAAUUUGGAUUCGAAGAGGCUAAACAUCAGUUGCAAGAGCGGCCUUGGCUCGUCGAUUGCUACGACCAAUGGAUUGCUAGAUUAAAGGGUCCCCCUCACAAAUGUGCCUUGUUUUUCGUAGAUAAUAGUGGAAUAGACAUCAUUCUGGGAGUGUUCCCAUUUGUUAGAGAGCUCCUCUGCCGCGGCACUGAGGUUGUGCUGGCUAGCAACUCGGGGCCGGCGUUGAAUGAUGUGACCAACAGUGAAUUGCAGAUACUGACGGAAAGGAUCGCUGCGAUGGAUUCGGUCAUUCAGGCUGCGAUUAAGGAAGACAGAUUGACGCUCGUUCAGAGUGGUUCUAGCUCACCGUGUUUAGAUCUGAGCCGACUGGACAAGGCUCUGGCAGUGGUGGUACGAGAGCGACACACAGACCUCGUGGUGAUUGAGGGUAUGGGCCGAGCCAUCCACACCAACUACUACGCUGCGCUGAGCUGCGAGAGCCUCAAGCUGGCUGUCAUUAAGAACUCCUGGCUGGCUGAGAGGCUUGGUGGCAAGAUCUUCAGUGUGGUCUUCAAGUAUGAGAUCCCACCCCAAAGCCCAGGGCUAAGACGGUAGAGUAGUAGGGGGCUAGGGGGUGCGGGGACGCAGUCAGUGUCUGCUGUGGGAAUGUAUGCUGUGUUGAAAAUGUCCACUUUUGUUAUGCAUUCAUACUUAUUUUUUCUGAUUUAUUUUGUAGGGCUACAUAAAAGGUAUUUGAUGGAAUAUUGUGACCCCAUUAUGUAUUAAGUUUUCGUGUCUCGUCGCUGUGGGAGAUGGUGCCCCCUAUUGGGCAGGUGAUGUAAAUGUGCCACUAGUGUCCUGAGUGGCCAUUGGGGUCUCAACUGAGCCCGCAAAAUGUGGGGCUGGGGGGCGUCUGCCAUGGCAACCGGAGUGCUGUCAUGAUUCCGAAAGCUUUACUUUUUUGUUAAUUGAUAUGGAGCAAUGUUUAAACGAUUUGAUAAUUUAUGACAUUUCUUGAUUUUUUGCUUGAAUACCUUUAACUGUAUGUAUGACUUGUAGUUUGGAUGUUUUGCCGGAAGUUUGCUACCCGAACCUGGCAACAGGAAAACAACAAUAAUAAAAACCAUAUAUUUUUUUAAUUGGCAAGGAUAACUACCAGCCUGUUCAUUUGCUUGGAAUAUGGUUUCUUCCCUGAAGCUGCUGAUGUUAGUGCCGUUAAAUGAAGCUGUUUUUUACUUUGGUAGCGAUCACUUGAUGGGAUAUUUCUCCAUUGUUCUCAUCGCGUAAUCUUGUUGCUCCCUGACAGGCCGACCAUCAGUGUUCUUUAAAUGAUUUAAUAUCUUUUUUUUUUUUUUUUUUUUUUACUGAUUAAUGUGCCUUGAGACUGUAGUGGUUAACUUGCAAAGUUGAUUUCAGAUGGCGUGCCUGUUUUCUCAGUAUUUAUUUUUUAAUUACCUGAAAUGGAUAAUGACAUGUAAUAUUGUUUAAAGGAAUGUUACACCCCUUUCCCCCAUAAAAAAAGUUUGAACUUGAAGCCAAAGCGAGAAGUAUUUCCUCUUGGAGUGUACGCCCAUCAAACGUCCAUCGUGUGUAAGAAUAUUUUAUUUUGACGUGACAUUCUGUGUUUUUUUUAAUCAGCUUGGAAAAAGUCCAUGCUUGAAAUCAAGCCCGACUUAACAGGAUUGUAUGUAGGAUAUUGUUUUACAGAUGCCACAGUUAAGAGACUUAAUAUUUAAGAUUUCCUGUGAUUUGUUUCAAGACUAAGUUAGGUCCUUUUUCAUCUCCUGCUUCUGGCAUUUUUGCUCCGUUUGUGUCCACUAGGGGGCAGUACAGUACUACACAUCUUUGCCUUGCUCCCGCAGCCGGUCUCUUGUAUGCGUGUUUUAUUGGAUGCGAGGGCGAGAACGGGAUUGUACCGCACAGCAUCGCCUUACCCGUACUGUCCCAUUGACUAGUAAAGUGUUAGGCUUGCAUUGUCACGUGCGGGUGAGUAUCAUCUUUGGAUUUUUUUUUUUAUUAUUAUUUUUUUAACCAAACUGUUCACUUGUGCGCACGCCCGUUGCAACACAGCGCUGCACCUUACAGUUUAGUUAAUUCAAGUCCACGUGCUUAUUUACAAGCAACAGCAAGGAGAUGGGAUGGAUUUUGUUGAUACAUUUGCAUUGGGAAAAAGCAGCAACGAGGAUAACUAGCAUUUUUUCCUGAUCGGAUCAGUACGGCACUUGUAAACGCGGACGCGUAAGCGUGUUUUACGCAUGUGCGUCACAACAAGCAAAAGGCUGUCGAGUUUUUUUUUUUUUUUAAUGUGCCAUGGCAGGCAUUAAGGAAAAAACGCUAAUCUUGACCAAAGUUGGUGCUAUAGUCCUUUUUUUGUCCAGAGCUUUGCCUGCUUUUACCGACGACUUUUAUAACUGUUUUAUAUUGUGUGUUUGUAUAUAGUGUGUAUAUUACAGGAUCCACUUAGUCGUGAGAGACUUACGGAGAAAUGAAUUCUGACAUCAUUUGAAAUGCAUUCAGGCGAUAAAUACCGUAUCUAUAUUUCAUUUAAGUCUGAACGAACAUUUGCAUUGAUUGGGUCUCGUUAUUUGAAGUAUACAGGGAUAAACGCGGCGGAUCCAUGUUCCUGAUCCUCAGUAGCUGAGGUUAUGUAAUGUUCCCACUGCCUUGCAGGGAUUGUUCAGAAUGAGAACAUGAACCUGACUUGUAUAUGAUUUUUGUUUAAUAAAGUAAAAUCUAAAUACUG